AAUUUCAAAAAUGCACUGCGUAUACGACAACUGCACUUCCAACCCUAAUGGCUACCGCAACAAUAGGUCGCUUCGUAGACAUAUCAGAGAUGUUCAUGGCUAUUCAAUUGAAGUCUCUACAAGUAGCAGGGCAUACCAAGAUGCUGACGACACUUGCGUAUUUCCAUCUUGCUAGUAUAAUACAGACGACCAAGAGGCGUACAAGGAGCAUCUAAUGAAUGCGCAUGAUUUUCCUAUAUCUCUCGGCAACCAACCUUCGGAGUUGGCAGGAGUGGACGAGCAACCGUCAGCUCAGGAGGACAUAACUGCGGGACUGCUCGCUUCAAGCCCUAUGACUUUAACUGAUGA